UGGCUUUGGUGUGACAUCCCUGUCUGCCUCAGGGAAGGAUGAUGCAGGGGCGCUGCAACUGCACACAAGUGUCACCCAGAAGUCACAGGCUUCUGUAAGGAUCAGAUCUGUGUGGACCUCAACCCAACACAAUGGCAUUGUCGCUAGAAGAAUUUGUCCAUUCACUGGACCUCAGGACCCUCCCCAGGGUCCUCGAAAUCCAGUCAGGCAUCUAUUUUGAAGGCUCAAUUUAUGAAAUGUUUGGAAAUGAGUGCUGUUUGUCAACAGGAGAAGUGAUUAAAAUUAUUGGUCUUAAAAUUAAAAAGAUCAUAGCUGAAAUCUGUGAACACACUGAAGGCUGUCAAUCUUCACAACCAUUUGAAUUGCCUAUGAAUUUUCCAGGUCUUUUCAAGAUUGUGGCUGAUAAAACUCCAUAUCUUACAAUGGAAGAAAUUACAAAAACAAUUCAUAUUGGACCAAGUAGACUAGGACACCCUUGUUUCUAUCAUCAGAAAGAUAUAAAACUAGGAAAUCUCAUCAUAAAACAGGGUGAACGAAUUGUACUGAAUUCAGUUGAAAAUAUCAAUGGAGAAAUGAUGGUGAACUGUGGUGUCAUAAGGAAUCACCAAAAUCACUCCUUUACUUUGCCUUUGUCACAAGAAGGAGAAUUUUAUGAGUGUGACGAUGAACAUAUUUAUACCCUAAAGGAGAUUGUUGAAUGGAAGAUCCCUAAGAACAGAACUCGAACUGUGAAACUUACUGAUUUUUCAAAUAAGUGGGAUUCCAUAAAUCCAUUCCCAGAAGGUUUCUACGGCUCUUUGGUUCUCAAGCCUGUUUAUGAAAUCCAAGGUGUGAUGAAAUUUCGAAAGGAUAUAGUCCGCAUCCUCCCCAGUUUGGAUGUUGAAGUCAAAGACAUCACUGAUUGUUACGAUGCAAACUGGUUUCUUCAGCUGUUAUCUUCAGAAGAUCUUUUUGAAAUGACCAGUGAAGAGUUCCCCAUAGUGGCAGAAGUCAUAGAAGGACCUGAAGGAAUGCAACUACCCAGAAACCUCUUACAGCCUGGGAAAACCAUUGUGAUCCACAAAAGGUACCAGGCUCUGAGGAUCCUAGCUUCGGAAAUCAGAAGCAAUUUUCCUAAAAGGCAUUUCUUGAUCCCCUCCAACUAUAAAGGCAAAUUCAAGCGGCGACCUCGGGAGUUCCCGACUGUCUAUGACCUAGACAUAGCAAAAAGUGAAAAAGAGCCGCUCCACGUGGUAGCCACCAAAGCCUUUCAUCCCCCUUAUGACGAGCUGUUAUCCGUGUCAGUUGGGGACCAGUUUCUAGUGCAUCACUCACAGACUACUGAAGUCCUCUGUGAGGGGAAGAAAAAAGUGGUGAAUGUUCUGGCCUGUGAAAAAAUCCUCAAAAAGUCCAAUGAAGCAGCGCUGCUGCCUUUGUACAUGGAAGGAGGUUUUGUUGAGGUGGUUCAUGAUAAGAGGCAGUACCAGAUCUCUGAGCUCUGUUCACAGUUCCACUUGCCCUUCAAUGUGAAGGUAUCUGUGAGAGAUCUAUCGAUUGAGGAAGACAUUCUGGCAGCUACACCAGGACUGUGCUUGGAAGAAGAUAUCACAGACUCUUACCUACUCAUAAGUGACUUUGCCAACCCCAGGGAGUGCUGGGAGAUUCCCAUCAGCCGCUUGAAUAUGACUGUUCAACUAGUUCGUAAUUUGUUUGGGACAACAGAAUCUCUUCUAGUCAGGACUCUGAUUGAAGAGAUAACUGAAGAACAGUAUUACAUGAUGCGGAGAUAUGAAAGCUCUUUUUUGCACCCGCCACCCCGCCCUCCCAAGCAUCCCUCAGUGGCAGAAACAAAGUCAAGCCUGCAAACCCAAGCAAAACGAAAGACAGCAGAUCUGCCCAAGUCUCCCAAGACUCACCAUGUAGACAUAUCCAAGAAACCACACUGUAACCAGACUGGUCUGGAGGCAAAUGCACUGCUUGGUUAUCAGAAUAAGUUGGCUGAUCUGGAACAAGACAAGAAGAGUGGGGCAGCUGCAGAAGCAGACACUACUGUGACCACAGACUUUACAGUGGUCACUGCCCUUAAAGAAGUAAGACACCGAAGUACACUGAGGAGAGGUUCCUACCCUGAGGUGGUAGAAGCCAACCGGCUGUACUUAAUCAAUGAGGUGGGUGUGGUUACCUUUACAGGAAUAUCGAAGCGGUAG